CAAGUGUGCUGAACAACAAACGGCUGUUAAAGAAGUCAAGAAAGCCGAGGUCCUUUUCUUGAGCAAUAUGGGAUCACCGAUGUUCUCUUCAUGAAGGCUUAUUCUUUACCUAGCAUAUAGACGAUGUAACAAUUCGUGUUAUUUCUGAAAACGUUGCCUUCAGAUGUCUUCAAAUGUGCUUAUCAUGGAAAGUUGCGAUUGGAGAUACAAGGAGACAAUGAGUAACAGGAAUGUUCCUCGACCUAUUUCUUAUGCUCAAAAGAGGACCUCGGCAGCAGGGAGAGGUGGGGGGAGACCGACCCAGGAAAGAUGGAGCAGCAGAGAACAGCAACCAGAGUGGAGGGCGCGAAAAGAAGAAGAAUCCGGGAAAAGGGCCGACCCAGAAAGCCCAGGUUCCCCCAGGGGAACAUGCCAGUCCAUGUGCCCUAACCGGGAGCUGCAAGAGCGGGAGUCGCAGAACCGACUGCACCGCUUCGAGACCCUGGCAGGAACAGAAAAAAGGGCCGGAGAAAGGUGCCGGCGUCCCAGGGCUGACCCAAAGCGUACUGUGAAAGAAUACUCCAGACCUGCGGCCGGGAAGGACUCGACCCGGCCCAGUGAUCUCCGUCCGCCGGCGGUUCUGCUUAGGACCGUGUGCUAUCUAAUAGAUGACAUCGCCACCAUGCCUGGUCAGACAUCUUGGAAUGAGGUGUACGACUUCGCCUUCGACCGGCUGCGGAGUGUGAGGCAGGACAUGAUCAUCCAGCGCACCGCCGGGCCGGAGAGCCGGGCCGUCCUGGAGCGCACGGUGCGCCUCCUGGCCUACGCCUCCUUCCGGCUGUGCGGGGAGCCCCUGCGGCUCUACGACCCUCGCAUCAACGACACGCACCUGCAGGAGAGCCUCAGCUGGCUGCUGCGCUGCUACGACACCGAGCCCGGUCCCCACGGCAACCGGGAGGAGUUCCAGGCCCUCAGCCUGCUCUACAACCUAGGGUCCUCGCGGGUCCUCCAGCACACCUUGGAGCUGCCCGAGCGGCUCCGGUCCUCCCCCGCCAUCGCCCUGGCCCUGUCCAUCAACCGGGCCUUCUCGGAGAGGAACCCCGUGCGCCUCCUCCGACUGGCCCAGAGGCUGAGCUUCCUGCAGAGCUGCGCCCUCCACCGGCACAUGGCGGCGGUCCGCCGGGACCUGCUGCUGCUCUACAGCCACGGCCUCAGCAGUCGCAACUGCCGUUUCCCGCUGCCCCGGCUGGCCAAGCUGCUGGCGCUGGACGUGGCCCACGCCGGGCAGCUGUGCCGGGCCCACCAGCUGGAGGUCCACCAGGACGACCAGGUGGUCUUCUCCAAGACCUGCUUCAGUGAGCCCGAGCCGGGGGGACUGCGCUGCACGGCCCAGCACGACAUGGUGGAUGGGAAGCGGGGCGAUCUCGCCAGGCUGGGGGGGAUCAUCCACGAGGGCUCUGUGAAUAAGGAGAUCGCGUAGGGACGUUUACAUUGUGAGCCCCUUCAGGGAAUUGCUGCACUUAUCUUCAGGUUAAAGUUAACAGGAGUAGAAUGGGUCCUUAAAUCUCAGGUGCUCUAGUGGGGCUUCAACCAGCCAAGAGUCAAAAAGGCCAGUCAUUUGUUUUAUUGAUAAAUGUGUUGCAUUUCGUAGGCCUAUUUGUUCAGUAUUAUUGCAUUGUUUUUGAUUCUUUGUGAAUGUUGUUUUAAAUGUAUUCCUGUUUUUUUUAAAUGUGGCUGAAAAAGCGAUUUACGUUUUAUAUUAUUAUAAAUAAGUUACCUCAAUUCUACUUCAAUAAAUAUGACCUUUUAUACAAAAAUGAUA